CACGGCACAUGGCACAUGGCGCUCGGUCGCGAGUUGGGCGCUCAGUCCAAUAGAGGCAUUUGGAACGAGAUGCGACUGCUACUGCUGCCGGCCGGGGUGCUCGUGCUCCUGCUGUUCCUGCUCCGACUGCCCUUGCCAGGGGACGGAGCGGGUCGGGUGAUAUACUUUAACCAGCUGAAAGAGAACCAGACCCUUCAGGCGGGCAAGAAUGCGACGGACAGGCUCGGCAAGGGCAUGCUCUUCGAUGUGGGACGGGGCAACUGCCAUCGAGGGUACAUGCACGAUCAUCAUGGCCGCUGUCGGAGGAACGAGGUCGAUAUGUCGCUGCAACGCUGCAACGUCCAUCAGCUGCUCCUGUAUUCGGUCUGCCUGCUCGCGGUGAUCGUGUUUUGUGCCCCGGCGGGUAGCGAGUCGCGUCGCGUGAUCUUCUUGGCCCCCAAUGGCAUCCAUCGCGGACAGAUCUUGGCCACGCAUGGCAUGGAGAAGCCCUGCCCGCAGUGUCACAUGCACGAUCAUCGCGGCAAUUGUCGUCGCAUCAUUUCGUACAAUGCAGAUGGUGUGCGCUGCUGAGGAGGGAAAGAGCCAGUGAAAGCGCCCAAAAUGAAACAAAACCCAACCAAGACCAAAAUCAAAAUCAAAUCCAUCGAAACGAAUCUCCAACUCUCUCAAAACAACAGCAUUAUUCGUGCUCUAUUUAUUUAUGUUAUUUAUCUGCCUCGCACUCGCUCUAGAAUUCGCCCUAUUUUACAACCAAAAUACACAUACUUACUACAACAUAUAUAAUAAUAAAUACAA